CGCGAUUAGCUGCGUUUCAUUUUCUUCAAUCUUGCGCAUCGGUGUGCCAGUGCGCUGGGAUUUCGUAUUACCCUCAUUUAUAGACAGAAGUUUAUAUUGGACUAUUCAUGUGUUCCAGAAAAGUGUACCCAGAUAAGACCUCUAAGGGCCAGCAUUGCCACAAUAGUCGAUGAUGUCGUGCGUCGGUAUAACAUAUAAAUACAUACGGAGAGCGCUCCUGACGAGACUGCCCGCCGAAACCGCGUCGAGUACGGCAACCUGACGCACGCGCACCCGAAACUACAUACCACAAUUUAAAUUAUCCAAAAACAAAUUAUAACAUCCACCGAUCCUAUACACCACGAUCAAUCAUGAAUGAUGCAGAGUUAUAUCAGAAAAGCAACACCCUUCAAAAGAGGGAUGCUUUCGAGUGUCUGGAGGAGUUCGCGCAGAAAAUCAAGUGGAAAAAGGAUGCAUGUGUUAUAGACAUCGGCUGCGGAGAUGGAAGCGUCACGACCGGCGUGCUGAAGAACUUCUUACCGCUCUGCAAGAAGGUGGUGGGCUGUGACAUCAGCGAGAAAAUGAUACAGUUCGCGAAUAGGAACUACUCUUCAGAUAACGUCAGUUUCACGGUGAUUGAUAUUGAGGGUGACUUGCCGGACCAGAUGCGGGGCGAGUUCCACCACGCUUUUUCCUUUUAUACACUGCAUUGGAUAAAACAACAAGAGAUAGCAUUUACAAAUAUUUAUAAUCUCCUAGAAGAUGGUGGUGACUGUUUAUUGAUUUUCCUCGGGCACAUGCCGCUGUUCGACAUGUACAGAAUUCUUGCUCGCACCAACAGAUGGAGUUAUUGGCUAAAGGACGUUGAUAAAUUCGUAUCACCGUACCAUGACUGCCAGGAUCCUGAAAAAGAAAUAAGACGGAUGAUGUGCAAAAUCGGUUUUGUAAACGUGGAAGUCCAAUAUAAACCCAAAUCAUUUAUAUAUGACAGUUUGGAAGCUGUGAAAAAUGCAGUAAAAGCCGUAAAUCCAUUCAAAAUACCUGAAGAGUUACAAGAGGAGUUCUUAGAAGAUUAUGUUGGUAUUGUAAGAGAUAUGCAACUCAUAGAUAAAGUUAACGACAACUUCGAAAAUUCCAUUUCAAUUAGGGCAAACUAUAAUCUUAUUAUUGCAUAUGGGAAAAAGUAGGCUUAUAAAUUGAUAUAUUAUUAUUUCAUUAGAUAGAUACUAGUCGGUAAAGGUGAAGAUCAUUAUAACUAUUGCAGUUAUUUAUUCUAUAUAUUAUAUUUAAGUAAUUUAUUACAAAGUUUUAAUUAUAAUAAGGGAUGUUUAAUUGUUUAUUUAUAAUUGUAGAGUAGUUGUGUGAAAUGUAAUUUAUUUGUUUGAUUUAAGGGUGAUUGGUAGAUUAAGGAACCUUUAAAAAAAUAAUAUUAGGUAAUUAUAAUUUAAUAAGCGUUAGUGCUGAUACACAGGGUCAGUAACUGACUGCAAAUCAGUGCUGACCCGAAAAAAAACCCUGUGUAAACAGAUUUGAAGUCAGUACAGAGGCUUGAAGCCUAUGUAAACAUUUAAUUCGGCGCCGCGACUGACUUGUCUAAUGUCUACUGAGUGAUACUGACCCUGUGUAAAUCAGCUCUUAGUCUCAAAUAUCGGCCCACGAAAUGUCGGAAAAUUAUAAUUGUUGAAUCAUAUUAUUACCGCAGAUUUUAUUUCAAUGUUUCAGGGUAUCAAAUUAUAUUCAAAUUAACGAAACCAAAUAAAAAGAGUUCGAUUACUAUUUAAAGUUUAGUUUUUAGAUACAUUUUCCUAAUGCUUAGGUAAUUAGAUUAUUUCACCCACCGCACUAGUAGUUUGUAAGCGAUGAGUAAAUUGAUGUUAAAUACUGGUUAUAAAAAAAAAAUACUAGUAUUAUUU